UGUAAAAGCUAUCCGUCUCUCACUGUUGUUUUUCUCCUCGCACUUGGCCUUCUCGUCUUUUAUCUUGAGAUGGCGAUAAAACUUCUCGCCGGGACGCCGAGUUUGUCGUCGCUGCCGCCUUACUCCGUGGGAGCUAUAUUGGAGAAAUCAUUUAUCGGCGGUGACUCACUCAUUGGCUUCCUUCCCGCUGCUCCCAGUCAAGUAGUCAAUGAAAGGUUCAAUAUCAUCAUAUCAAAAAGAUUAUCAGGGUUGGAAGAGGCCAUGAGAAUUAAGAGGUUGCGAGAGCUAAAUGAGAACACAAAAUCAAGGAAGAGGCAACCAUUGAGACGUGGGAAGGUUUCUGGACGUCUUCCUGUGCCAGAUCAUAUUCUAAAGCCACCCUAUGUUGGUUCAAACAAGUUGCCAGAACUUUCUAAUGCAUAUCAAAUUCAUGAUGACAAGGGCAUAGCUCAAAUGAGAGCUGCCUGUGAGCUUUCUGCUCGAGUUCUGGAUUUUGCAGGAACGUUGGUCAUGCCCUCUAUAACAACAAAUGAAAUUGAUAUAGCAGUGCACAAUAUGAUCAUUGAUGCUGGAGCUUAUCCUUCACCCCUUGGAUACGGUGGAUUCCCUAAAAGUGUAUGCACGUCAGUUAAUGAAUGCAUGUGUCAUGGUAUACCUGAUUCACGCCAGCUCCAGGAUGGUGACAUUAUAAACAUCGAUGUGACUGUUUAUCUUAAUGGCUACCAUGGAGACACCUCAAAAACCUUUCUUUGUGGAGAGGUUGAUGAACCAACAAAACGACUUGUAAAGGUCACUAAAGAAUGCCUGGAAAGGGCCAUAUCUAUUUGCAAAGAUGGUGCUGCUUUUAAGAAGAUUGGAAAGAUAAUAAGUGAGAUUGCUGAAAAGCACGGCUAUGGUGUAGUCGAGAAAUUUGUUGGUCAUGGUGUUGGAAGUGUCUUUCAUUCUGAACCAAUUAUCAUGCAUCAUCGUAAUGAUAAAUCAGGUUUUAUGGUUGCGGGUCAAACAUUUACAAUUGAGCCAAUUCUUACCAUGGGAACCAUUGAGGGCGUGACAUGGGAUGAUGGCUGGACUACCGUCACGACAGACGGCCUUCCUGCCGUGCAGUUCGAGCAUACGAUAUUGAUUACAAAAACAGGCGCCGAAGUUUUGACCAAGUGCUGAAAUCUGGAAUAUUGGUAUAGUUUCAAUCUGAAGCUGAUCUUUAUAAUGUUCUUUUAAAUUACAUUCAAUAGGAACUCUGUUAUCUGAUUGCUGCAUGUACACUGUCAAAAGUUGUUGGAGACAUUUUUCAACUUAUAUCAUGAUAUGAUGGGUUCCCCUGGGUUUUAUACAUUCAAAUUAAGGGAAAUUCUUCAGAGAUAAAGAGAGAAUUAUAAAUUCUGUAAUCUCAAUAAUGUCUUUUCUUUUUAGAAAGUAUUUUUGCUAUGUAAAGUAGAUAUUAGAUUAUGUAUCAAUCAAAUUGU